AUGGCAUUCAGCGGGACACAACAGAAAUGUAAGGCUUGUGACAAAGUUGUUCAUUUCGUUGAAUCCCAAUCUGCAGAUGGCGCUAUUUAUCACAAGAACUGCUUCAGAUGCAGCCACUGCAAUGGCCGUCUCGCGAUAAGCAACUACUCAUCGAUUGAGGGAGUUUUAUAUUGCAAGCCUCACUUUGAGCAACUUUUUAAGGAAAAUGUUUGUGUUUCAUUUUCAUAUAAAGCUGGAAAGCAACAACAGCCUGAUGUGCCCAAGAAACAACCAAGCAGACUGGCCUCCUUCUUCUCUGGGACUCAGGAUAAAUGUUCAGUUUGUAAGAAAACUGUCUAUCCAUUGGAAAAGUUGACUGUGGAAGGGGAGUUUUUCCACAAAUCAUGCUUUAAGUGCACACAUGGAGGGUGUUCCCUGAACCCUUCAUCGUAUGCAGCAUUGGAUGGAUUCCUUUAUUGCAAGCCGCAUUUCUCUCAGCUCUUCAAAGAGAAAGGUAGCUACACCCAUCUCUCCAAGACAGCUUCCCUGAGGAAGCAGCAAGAAGAAGACAAGGCCGACAAAGCCGACACAACGGAAGACACAGACCCGGCCGCCGCACCCGCAUCGGCAGAGGCAGCAGCUGAAGCUGAGGAUGCUCCCGUCGCACCGCAAGAUCAGUAA